AUGGUGAAGAAGCGGGAGUAUGAACAGCGGAUGGCCCGGGUGAAGAACGCCAAGCUCCGCCUGACCUGCACCAUCUGCGGCGAGAAGGCGAAACUCCCAUGCCCCUGCGGCACGGCUCAAUAUUGUACGGUCGCCUGCCAGAAGGUCGACUGGCGCGAGCGGGGCCACAAGAAGGCGUGUCCUCUCUGUCGAACGCCUUGCGCCAGGACUGAAGCGGAACAGCUGGCUCGAUUGCGUCGCCACGCGGAAAACGACGUGCCCGAAGCGAUUGGAGCGUUGGGCAGUGCCUAUGAAAAUGCCACGAUGGGUCUCAAGAAAUCGACGAAGAAAGCCGCUAAGCUUUACCGUCGCGCUGUGGAGCUUGGAAACGUGCAGUCGAUGACGAAUCUCGGAGCCCUAUACGCGCAAGGCGAGGGCGUUAAGCUGGACCGUCGGAAGGCGACGCAGCUCUAUCGCAUGGCUUCGGACGGGGGCUCUGCCAUGGCGGCGCAGAACUUAGGAGCAUUGAUCGCGGACGGGCCACGGGACGCGCGAGAUCACGCAAAUUGCACCCUUCAGAAUGAGCUUGGUCCUGCUGGAAGAUCAGUGCGGCUAUCGUUCCGCCGAUUUCAAGCGCGGGCCCUCCGGUCAUCGCAGACCGGCUCGGCGCAGUCGCAUUCGAUUUCUUCGCAGUUCAUGGAAUGGAAAUCACACAAGGGGAUUUUUCCUUUCGUCGGAGCAAGAAACCAGCGCAUUGGCGCCAACCAUAGAUUAUUCUACCUCGAAGGAUUAUCACCAACAAUCUGCAUUUCUAGACUCAUUAAGGCGAGUCGCCUGUUUCAAGAGGCCCCAGGAACGCAAACUCUCAAACUGAGAUGGAAGAAGUGGCUUCAAGUAAGAAUCCCUGCUUUCAAAGUUUGUUGUUUUUUGCAUCCAACUUGUGCUGCAUGCCCACUUGCACUUUUCUCCUUGGUGCUCGUUGCUAAAAGCAAGCUGCACUCAUUUACUUCCCCUGCGUCGGGUUUGUCAAGUGCGCGUACCAAAAUCAUAUUCACAAACCAGUUUUCAAUUGACAGCACGGGCAAAAUUAUUUUUGUGAGGCUGUAUUCUCUCUCUGAAUGA